CGGCUGCCAGCCAGCCCUGCAGCUCCCCGACGAUAACUCAAUCUCCAAAAACGUGCGCUUGCGCUGCGCUUUGUAUCAAUCCGCCUUCUGCAGCAUUUUGAACCAGGCCACUUGGGACCAAGGACCCUUCCCAGCUAUUAGGGCCCGCCCCAAGAAGCAAACCUCACCUCCAACCCGUUACAAAUUAUCAGCUUUUGUUCGCAAAUAUAUGUGGCAAAGAUGAUGUUAUACGAGCGAUCCGUCCAUGAUCUCCCCGGCCCCAGCUCUCCGCCAGGCUUGACACAUUCCAAGUCUUCCAAGUCUUCAUCCUUGAACUCGGUACCUUCAGAUGAUGACAGCGUGCUUGCUGACGCUAGCCACUUUGAAGACAUUGGACUCCAGGAUGAAUCCCAUGUCGAUGUUCGAGGGCUAACUAAGAACCUGAAGCCCUCGCCCAUGCUGUAUAGUUCUAACCCUUCCUCCGAAUUGCGAGUACCCUCCAAGAGCAGUCGAUCUUCCCGCAGUCCGUCCAAAACCCGCCAGAAGCGGGAUGUCUCAUCAACGGGCAAACCCCGUCCGACCCUCCCGAAUAUCCAGAGUCAUUUACGACCUGUCAAUGGCCGAGUCGCGAGCUUGGGGCUUACCCCCGAGCUUCACACUGCCCCUCUUCCUAUGCGCUCCCUUGGAAACCGAUCACCCUCCUCGACACGGCAACGCAGUAUUAGCCCCAAUCUCCAGACUAGCUUUCCCAUGAAGCCACGGAGGAGUAGCUGGCAAUCGAGCCGGGAGCGAAAGACAGCCAGACAGUUGGAGAGGGAGUGCGACGAAGAUGACGGAGACGACAUCCCUGACGGGCUCGUGCUUGAUAAUGUGCCAAUCUCGCCUAGGCCCCCCUCGGAACGAACAAUAAGCCAACCUUCUUCCAAAGCUCCUUCUCCAGAACGCGCUCCUCCUGAAAAAAGAGUACGAAGUGUGGGAAAUGGCACUCCACCAGUGGCAGCAGCCCAGGGAUCCCUUAGGUCGCCGACAUGGAAGUCCGAUACCGCAGUGCCUACGAGAGCCAGCAUUGCCUCCACCAUUGUCACCCCUCUAGAACUCGCCAGAUCCAAGAGCUGGUCUGCCGCAUUGGCUGAACUCAACUCCGAUGCCAAGGAGCUCACGGAAAAGCUGGAGGAACAUGCCGAAGAGCUGGAAGCAAAGGGCGUGCGGUCCAGCACGCCGUCUGUUCGCAGAAACUCUGACGGGAAGCCCCGUGUGAAAUCGGGACUUCCUGAGCUCCCGCCGCUUCGCAAGUCCAAUGUCAUGAUCGACCCUCUACCGCCGUCCAAGGAAAAGGAAGCUGUUUUGUCCCGCACUCGUCCUUCCUGGCUCCCGCCAAAGGAUCCCGCCGAGGAACGUCGCCAUCUAAAGGAGUACCAGAGGAUGAUGGCUCAGAGCCUCGAGGCCGAGCGUAGACGAGAAGCGACAAAGAAGGCCCGGAUCGAGAACCGUGAUACCAGAGCCGACAAUUUGAUGCAUAUUUGGGAGGAGAACAUCAUCCCUCGUUGGGACGAGGCCAUCCGUGAGCGCAGGACACGAGAGCUAUGGUGGCGUGGUAUUGCGCCACGCAGUCGAGGUGCUGUGUGGAGCAAGGCGAUUGGCAACGGGCUCGCACUUUCUGAUGCUUCAUUCAGGGCUGCCCUGAAGCGGGCCAAUGAUGCCCAAAAAAGAGUGAACGACGGACAAGGCAGCACCGACGAUUCCUACGCUGCGGCCUGGUUUGAUGACAUCAAGAAGGACGUGGAAGAGUAUACCUUCCCUGACCUUCGCAUCUUCCAGACUGGAGGGCCCCUUCACCAAAGCCUGGUGGAUGUUCUCAGCGCAUACUGCAUGUAUCGGAGUGAUAUCGGAUAUGUUCCGGGCUGCAAUACAAUUGCCGCCAUUCUGCUUCUCAACCUUCCCUCCGCCACCGACGCGUUCAUUGCGCUUGCCAACGUCCUGAACCGUUCCUUGCCGCUGAGCUUCCACACGUGCGACAGAACCGCCAUGUCCUCGGCCUACAACCUGCUACUCCAAACCCUCCAACACAAGUCGCCCAGCCUCCAUGAACACCUGAUCAAGUUGCCCGAUCAUAAUCCCGAUCUCUACUUGGGCGACAUCUUCACUGGCCUCUUCACUCGCCACCUCGCUCUGGAUGAGGCCACCCGACUUUGGGACGUGUACGUUUUCGAAGGCGACGCCGUCCUCGUUCGUGCAGGCAUUGCUCUUCUGCUACAGAAGGGCAUGUCCCUCAUGGGUACCAAGUCCAUUCAUGAGGUCAGGGCCAUCAUGAAUAACUCAUCUGAUGGCGUUUUGAGGUCGGCGCCCAUUCUGCGCAGCACUGGCGAGGAAGAUCGCUGGAUGCGCGCUGUAAGGGAAGCCGGGAAAGCGCAAGCUUAAAGCGCGAGGAAGAAACAAGAGAAAAAAAAUAACAUCAAACAUACAAAAAGAGCGGAUAUAUAUAUUUCGUUUCCUUGUCUUUGGAAUAAAGCGGUGGGAAGGGAUUUUCACACAAGGAGAGGGGAACAUAAGACCAACUGCACGCAAAUACGUCA